AUGGCACCAAACAGUUUUAUUAUUCCUGAUUUUUCUGAUAUUUUCGAAGAGUUACCUUCUAAACAACAAACAGUAUUAUCCUCAACAAUGCCACAAGUUGAAAUGCACGGUCCGAUAAUCGUGAGACCUUUACCUGAUAUUCAAACUUUCAUAAAUACAUUUUUUCAAUAUACAAUUCCUACAACUUCUUAUUACAUCGUUCUAUCCAAUGGUGGUGAUACAAGCAGAUUGAUCUUUUCCGCAAGUUUUGUUCCGACUAAUGCUGAAAAAUGGGUUAAAUUUGAUGAUAAAUUACGAAAAUUAUCUGGAACACCACCUAAUGAUGCUGCUCCAAACACUACUAUACAUUUACACAUUUUAGAUCCUGGGUACGGAAGCACAAAUACCACUAUGCACAUUCUUGUUUCAAACUGCGAGGGUGGGAUGUGCAUUAAUUACAUGCCACCAAAAAUUCUAGCAGUAAUCACUGUUUUAUCCGUUGCAUUUGGUAUCUGCGUUCUUUCUGUGUUUGGUUUUAUUCUUUUCAAGAAGUGGAAGAAAAGGACUAAAAAAAUUACUUUACGCAAACAACCCAAUUUCCUUUCCGUGACUCCAAAACAUCGUGGACAAGAUAAUGAUGGAAUUGUUGAAAUGUCUCAGUCUUAUCCACUUAAUGAACCAAAUGAUUCAAGGUUAUACAGAAGAGAUAGAUGUGAUGUAUGUGAUCGAAUCCUACCUCAUGAAGAGUUAGACCAAGCUCAUUAUAAUAAAUCAACUUUGUUCUCUGAUGGCGCAAUGGAUCAAUUUCCGUUAAAGGAUAGCAAUUCUGGAACUUACAAUUUAAAAAAUGCCGCAUUUUCGGAUUCUUUUGGUUUAGGCAUUUCUUUACCGGGCACUUCUAAAUUGAAUGAUUCCGAAUUACAGACUCCAAAUCAAAUAGACAUCGGCUCAUAUACACCUGCUGUUCCUCCACUCAAAUUUAUUAAAAGAACUACUUCUUCCAUCUAUUCAGUUUCGUCUGCCACGGCCUCAUGUGAUAAUAUCACUCAGACCGUCUCAUCGACAGGCGUAAAGAAUGAACUAAACGUUAAACUUACAAAAUCGGAUAUGCCAAUACUUUACGCAAAAUUAGGCGGUUUAUUUCAAUAUUCUGUUAAAAAUUUAAUCAAUUCUUCUGCUCAUCAUAAACGCCGCUUAUUCAUUAAGGCUGUCACUGAACCAAAUAAUAGCUUGCUUCCCGAAUGGCUCCAUUUUAAUACAGCAGAUGCUAAUUUUUGGGGAAUCCCUUACAAAAAUGAUAUCGGGAAGACCAUAAUUAAAGUACUUCAGCGUGUUUAUGAUAUAAGAUCUCAGGAAGAAAACAAAGGAAUAAUAUGCAAUAAUGACCUAGGUUAUAAUUCUCAUGAAGUCGAUUCGAUUGAGUCAAGUUUUCAGGUUGUGGAAAAAUUUAUGUUGGUGGUUGUUGAAAAUGAUAUUGACAUCUAA